GACGUGGAACAUUCCCGUUCGUACAUCGACGAGCUCUAUUCGGAGGACAACUACAAGUGCCAGGAGGCGAUCGUGUGCUUGAAAAAUGCGGUCAUCGGGUCGAACAAGAAGAAAGGCUCCGUUAUUUCACAGGGCAUCGUGCCCCGUUUGAUCUCCCUCCUCCGGGACGACACGAAGGAUCCGAACCUGCGCCUGGAUGCAGCAAUCGUCAUCGGAUCGCUUGCCAAAGGAACAGAAUCUCAGGUGCACUCGUUGAUCUACUGCGAGACGGUACAGGUGCUGCUGGGAAUUGUGCUCAGUCCGGGUACCGACAGACGCCUCAUGGAAACCUGCCUCGGAGCACUGAAAACCAUUCUGCAGUAUCCGUUUGCACCUAUUGAACUAUUGCACUGUAACAUAGGCAAUCUGGUGCGAUUGAUACAGCUGGCUUCGCCGGGUAGCUCCAUCCAGUGUCAGGUGUACGUGGCCAACAUCUUCGUUCCCCUUUGCCACUCAUCCCACCAGCAGAAGAAUCUCUGUCAGGCCAACGUAAUUCCAUUCCUCGUUAGACUGAUGAUCAGUCAUCUCACGAUCCUACAAGUACCUGCUCUCAAGUGUCUCGCUGCUAUGUGUUUCACCAACAAGUACGUAUCGGACAACGUAUGUAUGACCUGUCACGAGGAACGAUCUAUUCUGGACAUUCUCACCGAGCUUCUUUCGCGAACCCGCGACGUCCAGAUUCAACUCUCAGCAAGCCGCUGUCUAACUUAUCUACAUCGAUCCGGAUCGCUGCGGGCAGAUGACUACAGGAUCGUGUACAAAACUCUUCCCAGUUUAGCAAGGCUCUGCUCGGAGGACUUCGAUGAGGAGACCCGUGCAACGGCGGCCGAAACUCUGGCUUAUUUGGCCGAAAUUGAUUCCGAAUUGCAGCGGCUAGCCGCUAUCAGCAAUCAUCUGAUCUGCUCGUUGGCUAACUUGAUCCGGUGUCCUUCACCGCUGUCACGACAGGGAGCAUUCCGAUGCUUCGCCUCGCUGGCUGCCAACGAUGAGGACAUCCGCAAACGGAUUAUAGAAAUGGACGGGCUCAUGGAGGAAGUGCUAAAUGGAUUGAAAGACACGUGUCCGGAGGUACGACUGUCUGCCGUCCGAUGUCUGCAUUCGCUGUCGAGGUCAGUUCAACUACUAAGAACAACGUUCCAGGAUCACUCAGUGUGGCGCCCGUUGAUGGAUCUGUUGGUAGGUGAACCAUCUCUAGAGCUUCUCACCGUGGUUACAUCGACGAUAUGCAAUCUGCUACUGGAGUUUUCCCCUGCCAAAGAACCAAUGCUCGAUUCCGGAGCAGUGGAAAUGUUGUGUGAGUUGACGAAGCACAGCGAUCCAGCGUUACGACUGAACGGGAGUUGGGCGUUGAUGAACAUGGCUUUCCAGGCUGAACAAAAAGUUAAAUCCAAAAUCAUCGACACGCUGGGAACGGAUCGAAUAUUC